UGGUAUUAGGACUAUAUUUGCCCUCUUCCAUAUUUCAGGGUAUUUUUCUGUACUUAGCUCUUGGAAUACCAACUGAGCCCGACGCUUUCCGUUUUGGGAUUUUUUCGCUACCUGGAUAAUUUCUUGGUUGUGUACUAUGUGCGCCCCUGAGACUUGCUGUUCCCUUAUCUCCUUCAUACUCACGCAGGGGGAAAGGGGCUUGAAGUUUACUAUUUUAUACGCGUGGCCCCACACGUCUCCAUCCAAUUCCUGACAUGGCGUCUUCCGGCAACACCUUUUCUUGUCUUCUAUCAUUAAGUAUAAUCACCGUUAUCCUCCCUGUUUUGUUCUUAAAUAUGUUCUUCUCCGUUGACCUAUCCACCUCCGAGAUUAUGACUAUUUCUUGGGGGAAAGACCUUCUACCUCAUAGAUUUAGCACGUUUUUUGGCAUUUGUCCCGGAGAUGCCCUACUUCCCCGCAGUUGAAACAUCGCUUGUUCCUGGGUGCACCUUUUCUGCAUCUGUGGCCCUCUAUUUUGCCAGUAGUUCAUUAAGAACUUUUGUAGAUAAUUUAGUUAGUUGUCAUCCGAUGUAAUAAUGUACAGAGUGUUCCAUAUAAAAACGUCGCAUUUUUGUUAUCUGAAAAAUGCGAUGUUUUUUUGUUUUGUAGUCAGGUUGGAGUAAAAAAUGACCCCCCACCCAAAUAAAAAAAUAAAAUAUAUAAACCUUCCGAUGCUAGGUUGAACGAAGGAACUCGACCUCUCCAUGACCAUCAUGGACACUUCUUUUUUCACCUCUAGUUCUGAGUCAGAAAUGAUCUUCUUAACCCUAGGUUCCUUUGGAUACCUAUCCUCUCCAUGAUACACAAACAUUCUGGACGCUCACGACUCAUAACUAAAAUUACUUGACAUCCCAUCUCGCUUUCCAUCAUAGCUACAUUCUCGAAAGUCGAAAUCUAGUGCUGAUGCUUGGAAGAACUUUGCGCUUGAAUCUCUCUGUACCGGCUUGUCUCCGACCGAAGCCCGGUCCAGAAGUACGUAGAGCUAAAUUUCAACUCUAUUUGUUGCUCAAUCGUUAUGGUUAAACGACUCCUCACUACGGCUCCUUGGAGCUCCAAGGGUGGUAUUGUCAACGGCUUCACAGGGCAACCAUCAAUCAAAUCCAAGCUCCUCAGUUGGACUUUGCUCCAUAUUAACCAAGCGCCAUCUAGUGCAAGCUCCAUCCUCACUAAUAGCAGAUUUCUUUUUUCGAAACCUUUUUGUCCGAAGGAUUUCUUGUAGCUGAUGAGAGUGAGUGAGGGUUUGAGAAUGUCUCUCAGCCCCUUGACCUCGUCAUUCAUUCACCCACGCCGUCAUCUUGUUGCCUCAUGUCAAUCAACGGUUCACAACCAAUAAUUACAAUAAACAUUAAUUCACGAACCGAUCCGGCUCGAAGGACCAAAAUGUUAGGGGCGGCCCAGAACACCUUAAAACGAAGGAACACUUGAGAUAAUGCUCAGGACACAAAUAAAAUAUAGUACAAAUCUAACUCGUUUUUCCUGUUUAACUUUAUACACAGGGUUGUCAAUUAAUGACGGGUAAAUUCAAUAAAACUGAAAUGGUGGCGUGUUCGGAGACAUGCGCGGACCCCUCGAUUUUGUUUUUGUAUUGCACAUAUUUUGACAUAAAAUGUAAGUAUACAGGGUGGCCUUAAAUUGAAAUUCUUCAGAAAAUUCUGGGCAUGUUUCAUGUAAAUGUCUUCAACCGUUCAAAUAUUAAAAUAGCGCUUUAUUACAGCAUAAACCGUUUCACACGUUCAAUAAUUUAUGAAUUGGUUUAUGUUGCAAUAAAUUGUUGUUUCUAUAGGUACUUAUUCCUAUAGAUUUUUUGCGGCUUUCCGUUUUUCUCAGGACUUCACAAAGUGUCUAUUGCAAAUUUCCUUCAAAGCUCGUCCAGAAGUUGUUUAAAGACUUGUCAGAGAUUUCCGGACCUAUUCUCUUGGUAAAUAUAUCCUUUAUUAGACUAAAAUCUGUUUACCAUCGACCGUGUGUAAUUUGUACAUACUUAUCGGUCAAAAUUGACCACAAAGAUAAACAAGCCCACUCUUACGUUCCAGCCGAAAGAGGUCGCUAAUGUAGUUAUACUUAUCGGUAGCGGAAAACCUAUUAUUUUUAAUUGGUUUCAUAAAAGCGCAAUUAAUUCGAAGUGUAGGUAACCCAAAAUGGUUACACCUGCUAUUAUAUGAUGGAGCGAAAUAUGAACUGUUUUGGUAAAUAAAAUGUUGUGUCACCGUCAAACGUUUACUACAACCAAAACACAAUGUGCCAAAUGCUUCCAAAAGGACGACCGAGUUUUUUCUAGUAGACCCCUGACAAAUUCUGAACUAGUGACCGCGCCGCCAUGGUUUCCCGAGCCUUCCUGUUUUGCCUGCUCGGAGCAGUUUUCUCGGCACCAACUGAUGAACCCCGGAGUCUUAAAACUGGAUGCGGUUAUGAGUCAUGCCACAAAACCGACGCCGACAAGUUGAACGUUCACCUCAUUCCCCAUUCCCAUGACGAUGUCGGGUGGAAGAAAACCGUCGACGAAUAUUAUUUGGGAACCAAUAGAAACCACCAUGCGGGCGUUAAGGCGAUUCGGAGCAUACUCGACACGGUGGUGCAGGCGCUGAACGCCAAUCCCAAUCGAAGGUUUUCCCAAGUGGAGACGGCGUACUUCUCGCGUUGGUGGGCGGAACAAUGUGACCAAACUAAGGAGACGGUCAAAGCGCUGGUCAGUAGUGGACGGUUGGAGAUGGUCGGCGGGGGUUGGAGUAUGAACGACGAGGCUACGACCAAUUACCAGUCGGUCAUCGAUCAAAUGACGCUGGGACUGCGGACCUUAGAGACCUUGGUGGGGGAAUGCGGCAGGCCGCGUGUCGCCUGGCAAAUUGAUCCGUUCGGUCACUCCAGCGCAAUGGCAAACAUUUUCGCUCAGCUUGGAUUCGACGGUUUGUUCUUCUGGAGGCUCGAUUUUAGAGAUUACAAGGCGCGUCACGCUGACAACAGAACCGAGUUUGUUUGGAGAGGGAACUCCGAUUUAGGUACCACGUCUGAUAUUUUCACCAGCCUCCUCUAUGAGAACUAUAACGCCCCCUCGCACUUUUGCUGGGAUGUCCAAUGCCACGAUCCUCCCAUAAAUGAUGAUGAGUCCAGCUCGGGGUACAAUCUCAAGAGCAAAGUUGAGGAAUUCCACAAGAGGGUAACGUCACAAGCUGCUACCUACCCGACGAAUAAUAUCCUUAUAACAAUGGGGGGCGAUUUUACGUAUGCGGAAGCUGAAUCGUACUACACCAAUAUCGAUCGACUCAUUAAGGGGUUUGAACAAUUCCACCCGAAAAUUAACAUGAUCUAUUCUACACCUUCGUGCUACAUCAAGGCUGUUCACGACUCAGCCAAGCGCAAAGGGUUGGAAUUCCCUUUGGAAACCAACGACUUCAUGCCAUAUGCCACGGACGAAAAUACGUACUGGACCGGGUACUACUCGUCGCGUCCCAGCUCAAAGCGUUUCGAGCGGCAAGCGAAUAACCUUCUUCAGGUUGCCAAACACUUGGUGGCCUUUGCCCACGCCAACGGCAAGGAUUUUGAGGGUGACUUGCUCGAGCUCAAAAAAGCGAUGGGCGUUAUGCAGCAUCACGACGCGAUCACCGGAACCGAAAAGCAGCACGUGGCGGACGAUUACGUCAAAAUGCUGGCUGAUGGAGCGGACCAGGCCCAAAGGUCGCUGCACACAGUCGUCUUCGACCUGCUUAAACACAACGCGAAAGACACCGGCGAGGUCACGACUUUGAGCUCGUGUCUUUUGUCGAACGUAACCCGUUGCUUGGAGUCGGAGAAGAAGCGGUUUACCGUCGCGGUUUACAAUCCACACGGUCACGUUGUCUCUCAUUUCGUCCGAAUUCCGGUCGCUGCUACGAGGUACUCUGUUUUAGAAUUGCAUGGUCGGCGAAAAAUACGAACACAAAUAUCACCAGCGAUCGACACUUUUCCCAAGGUUCCCGGAAAGGGGUUAUCCUACGAACUCACCUUCGAAGCCAAGGACAUAGCGCCGCUCGGCCUCACGUACUUCUACGUGGAGGAAGAUGAACCACGCCAGAUCCAGACGACACUUGACACUUCCCUAGGCACUCAGACAACCGGCAUCGAACUGGACAAAGACACGGGUUUACUCGAAUCGGUCACGCUCAACGGGGUCACCCAGGCGAUCAAGCAGCAGUUUCUCUAUUACAAGGCCAGCAAUGCGAGCGGCGCGAAACGCGCCUCGGGCGCUUACACCUUCCGCCCCCAACCCGGCACCGUGGCUGAAGUGAUCAGUGACAAGGUAAAGUUGGUCACUUACCGCGGCGAGAUAUUUGACGAAGUGCAGCAGACCUUCACCGAUUGGCUGAAGCAGGUCAUUCGGGUUUACAAAGAUGCGAACUACGUCGAGUUCGAUUGGAUCGUCGGACCACUGGGUUACGUUGAUAAUCUGGGGGUGGAGGUGAUCACGAGGUACACCACCGAUUUGAAUAGCGGAGCGAUUUUCUACACCGACUCGAAUGGACGCGAACUCAUCAAACGAGUCCGUGAUAAUCGCCCCACUUAUACCUACACGAACGAGGAACCGAUUAGCGGGAAUUACUACCCGGUAACCUCAAGGAUAGUGAUUGAGGACGAAGGCAGGGGAAUCAACUUGGCGAUCUUAAACGAUCGCGCUCAGGGCGCUUCCAGUUUGGAGAGUGGCGAGGUUGAGUUGAUGCUUCACCGAAGGUUGAUGAACGAUGACAGUUUUGGUGUUGACCAGGUCCUAAACGAGAAGGAAUUCGGCGAAGGUGUCGUUGUUAGGGGGCGCCACUACUUGAUAGUGGGCUCCGAAACAGGACCCGUGCAGCAGGUAAACCUAGCACAUCGGCUGCUACUGUCACCCUGGACCUUCGUCGGUAAUUUCCUAUCCGAAGAACACUCGAUCACGACUCUAAGGCAGAAGAUGUGCUUUCAGUUCUCUGGACUUACACGCUCCUUGCCGGACAACGUACGCCUUCUCACGUUGGAAAGUUUGGCACCCAACCGUCUCCUCCUCAGACUCGAGCAUCCGUUCAGCAAAGGCGACGACGUCAAUCUGGGGAGCCCGGUGACAGUCGACCUGAAGGACUUAUUGACUUUAUACGAGAUCGUGUCACUUAAAGAGACUACUCUGGGCGCUAACCAGCCCAAGGCGGACAACGUACGACUACAGUUUCCAAUCAAAGAAGGUCAACUAGAGAAUACGCUCACCAGAGAAGAGGAAGGGAGUUUAAAGGUUACCCUAAAUCCGAUGGAAAUACGGACGUUUAUCCUAAACGUGAAGCCCCUUGGUCAGUCAAAUGGUACUGACCAAACUGGCUCUGGUGGAUCAGGAACCGGCAGCUUUAGCAUUCCGGGUAUAGCCUUGUUAGUUGUUGUAUGUUUAGUGUAUUAGGUAGAUAUGAAUAAAUCCUGUUUAUUUGGCUAAA